AUAAAUAGUAUACUACUAGCAACAGCUUCUCUUUCCCAGACAGACACACACACACACAUUGCUACUCCAUCCAGCUUUUUCUUGCUUCUCUCUCCUUCACAGCCUGUCAACCAUCAAUUAUUAACUCUAUGAUUCUAUUUUUCUUUUUUUAGUGAAAGGCUACUUUGUUGUGUUCUCUAGGGAAAGGGGUAGUAGUAGUAUUGGCCUGGUAAGAGCUAGCUUGCUCUGCUAUUCUCUCUCUCUCUCUAUGAUCAAUUCAACAUAGUAUCACCACUUGGAUUGCUCCGUCCUUGUUCAUAUGGUUUAUUAGCCAAAUCAGUUUAAUGGGUUCAAGCAGUACUGGCUUCAAAGUACUGCAACAUUUUCAAUGAGUCUCAUAGGAAUAUAUUGUCACAGAUCUGCCCACUUUUUGUCUCAGGUAUGGGAACCAAAAUCCAAUAUGCUAUUGAUCCGUUAGCUGCCUCCCCAAACAACAAUUUUGAUGUGAAUUGGUUGGGUGAUUGGGACAACUUUCUGAAUAAAAAAGGGCCAAAGCUGAGCUUAGAAAGUGCUGCUCUUAACAAGUUUCACAAUUCGACAGAUAGGAUGCUUGAUCAGCACAACAUAGAAUCAAUCAAGAAGACAAUGCUUAUGCACGAAGACGUGUUCAAACACCAGGUACAAGAACUCCACCGGCUGUACAGGGUUCAGAAAAUGCUGAUGAAUGAGGUGAAAAAUGGUGUUAAACAAACUAGAUCUUGUGGUCCAAUGACUGGCUCCGAGUUCAACUACUCCAAUUUCUCCAACCGGCAUCAACCAACCACCACCAGUGACUACACUCCCCAUGUUCAAAGAGUCCGAGACAAUCUCAGCUCACGGGAGCCAAGUGGUUGCUGCUCUGGAGAGCCCUCGAGAAUGUUUAAAGCAUUUGAUCUUGAAAAGCCGGCUGAAGAAGAUGUCUCAACCGGAAUUAGGGCCGUGGAAGAGGAUCAAGCAGGGCCUAGUAGCCACAGGCAUCCGAAUAGUAAUAAGAUGAACAUCAAUGAAUGUAACGAGGGGUGUGAUAUAGAGCUUACACUAAGCAUUGGAGGCAGUUUUGGCAGCAAAAGAUCAAAGAGUCAUCAGCAUUAUCAUCAUAGUAGUCCAGAAUUAGGAGGCUGCAGUAGCUUGACCGGUAACAAAUUUGGAGAGCUCGGAUCAUCUGGAUCGAUUAAAACGGAUAGAGAAGAGGAAUGCAAUGUCCCCAACAGCAAUUUGAGAAGCCCAAGCGCGACAAUACUCAAUCAGCAAAGUAAGAGGCCACAUUGGCUUUUCCAAGAUUUAAGCUUGAAUAGAACAUAAUCAUUGACUUGUGUGUUUAUAUGAUUUCAAAACACUCCACAUAAACCAUUAAUUCGAAACAUUUUUAUGCACUGAAAAUAACAGUGAGACACCCUUUUUCUGCAUAGACAUGUUUGUGAGCUAAAAAUCUACUGCAUUACUUGUUGUAAACAUCAGUUAUUGCAGUUUGAUCAAAAUUGUUCAUUACCAUUGUUUGACUUCACUAGCAGUUGAAAUAUGUAGUUCAGAUUUUGGGCAUUUAAUCCCAUGUGUACAAACUGAACAUUUUAUUUAUAAUGGAAACAUGAACUUUAUGAAAAUCCUAAGUUGAGAAACUGAAUGAAUGGCUGAUUGAAGUAAUUUAUCUG